GAUUGUUCUAACUACCCAAUUUUGGCACCUCAUCUCUUUAAAAUAAGGAACAAACAUCACCGUCCCUACUAAACACCUCCGCUUUUCUCUUCUCUCGCAUCUCUCCUUUAGAAACCCUAAUAUUAAACAUCACAACCCACCAAGAGUAACCUUUGUCGUCACCUAACCUUCACUAUCAUCAAACAAGCCACCUUCAUCACCAUCAAACUUCAUCUCACCACCGGUCACCACCGCCAUCUUUCCUCAAUAGCCAAUGACAUCUAGCAUAUGCUCCUGUUCUCUCAUCAUUUGACCUUGAUUUCUAUUUUUGAAGUUUUAAUCUCAUGUACCAUUUUUGACCUAGAUUUCUAUGGUGUUUUAGGUAUAAUUGGUCGAAACCUCACCACCAUCAAAUCAUUCAGCCUUUGUUCCUGCUAAAGAAAAAAAGAAGGGACUCUUCAUUUGUUUUUUGAUUUAACAACGAUACAUAUUUCAUCGCCGCAGAUUUGCUGCUAGAGGCCGGACUCCGUCUGGGCUUUAUUUAGGGUUGGAAUGACAUCUCUUUGAUUUGAUUUGGGCAAGGAACAGGCCCUAAGUCUCGGCCCUCUCCCUAUAUUCGUCUAUAUCUAGGCAAAAAGGGAAUUGAAUCAUGGACACUACUCCUAAAUCGAUCUCAGUUGCAGCUGGAAUAUUCAUCAGGAAGCAUUUUCACAUGAUUCUGUUGUUAAUCAUGUUCCUCUUGAUUCCCAUUUUCUGUUUAUUUCUUAUUUGCAUUUGUAUUGAGAUUGUUCUUGAGCUCAUUCGUGGUUAAAUUACAGAUUUUAAGCUCUCCAAGAGAGAUCCACCACCAUGUGUCUGCCCUGUUGAUUUAGGUCCAUGGUUCACCCUGCUGAUUCUUAUGUGUUGAUUCACAUAUGCGAAAAGAAUGUUACAUAUGUGUAUAAGAAUGACUAGCUGUUUCCCACUACACAUCACCAAAAACCUUCAUAAUGAAGAAAAUGCUAAGGGAACAAAGAAACGUGAUUCUAUGGACAGAUAAGGUUAAAAUAAGUGAAUAUGGGAAGAUUUAUUGGGAUCAAUUACUCACGCUUAAGGUGCAUCUAUUUAGUUCUUUCCAGUUAAAUCUAUGGGUUGGUUCAGCUCCAGGCCAUCAUCUUUCACUCUCACCCUCCCCAUCUUACUACACCACUCACCAUGGCUUUCACCACCACCACCACAACAUAAAACAUCCUGAAUUGGCAAAUGAAAACCAGAAUUGCAUACAUCUAAACUAAAGUCUUUGAUUUCGGACAUCAGAAGGAAAUUCCAUAUGGUACAUCAUUAACCAUAGCUGUUGCUCUCUUUGGUCUUUAUUCUGGUAAUCUCUUCCAUCGUUUCUCUUUCUUGAGAAUACACAUAUUUUUCAGCAGCACCAACGAUUGCUCCAAAUGGGGGUCUGAUAUGAUAUUGAUGUUAUUUGAAUUUGAUAUGUUUUGUUAUUAGAAGUUGCUUUAUUCAAAUAGUAGGUGGAGUUAUGGCCUUCCUAAUGGUCUUCAUGCAAGGUAAUCUCAACCUCCCAAUAACAUUGUUUAUAUUACUGACAUGGAACAAGAAGAUAAUCCAUUUAAGAUACCUAAGGUUGAUUUGAUAGACACUAUACUUACUAAAUAUUCUCCAAGUAACCGACAUUGCAGGUUACAAUAAGGACAUCAAAGCAUGUUGGGAUUUGAUAACAAUGUGGUGCUUCCCAUAUAAAUUGUGUUGAGACUCUUUGUUUAAGGGCAACAAGUAUCAUUGUAUGUUGAAAAGAUCAAGGAAAGUAUUUUGUUUAGUCUGGUU